AUGGCCCUUCUCAUAAUGCUUAAAAUUUUUCUCUGUGAACUGAUAUUUGUUAGGGAACACAAGGUACAAAUGACAAAAGCAGGGUGGCCCUCCAUUGACCCUACUGAUGACCCUACCUUACACCUUAUUCAAGGAACAGCUAGAAAAGCCAAUGGCAAGGACAUGAAGUCACGAUAGCAAGGAUGUCCCUUGCUUUACAAGCUGAAAUUAGAAAAAAUUCUGGGGAUUGGAGUUCAAGAACUCUUCUUGAACCCUAAAACCUCAUUACAAGCUGACCUGCAUGGGCAAACCAGGGAGAACCUCACGAAAGGAGAUACCAAUGUAAAGCUAGCAAAGACCCUGCACAAUACAGUAAGAUUUCUGAGAGGUCCCUGGCACAUACAGACCCUGGACAAACCAGGUGCCAUAUCAACUAGCCAAAGCCACUUGGUUUACUGUCAUCACCUUCACUUAGAUCACUGCUAUCUCUCCUGUUAUGUGGAUAUCUGGAUCUCCAAAUGCCCAACUAACUACUUUCCUUCUUCAGAAACAGGUUCCUCAAAGCCUUCACAGUUGGCUAAAGCCUUCUCUUAUAUUUAAAGUCUGGACUGUAUUCAGCAAAGACUCUGCAAUCGCAAGAAAGGCAGAGUCCUAUGCCUCUGUUUCAUAUGUGUACAGUAGAAAGGUAAUAAGAUUAUUGAGCUCCAGUGGCAUGGCAUUUCAUCCUUGGACAUUGCCAUUCCUUUGAUACUCUAUUUCAAUGGCAUUCACAAGAGUUUUCAGAAGGCUAAACUUCCAAAAGGACAGGAGUUAAUGAAAAGGGAAUUUUCUCUUCCCUUGUGGAAUGCCCAGCAUGCAUGCAGCAUUGCACCUCAGUUCCUGUGUCCUUCCCAAGAACAUGAUGGAUUUGUAAAUAACAAGUAUUCCCUCCACCCUUAAAAAGUCAGCUUCCACUGGCUGGAAUGGGAUCACUGGAUCAGUGCUCCUCAUCUCUACACCCCAAAUUAAUGUAAAUGAAUGUGUACUCAGGUGUUACCCUAUGGCCUCAAUUUCCCCAACCACGCUGUCAUCUAGAGCCUUGUCAAUGAGUUGGUAAAUCACAGUCCACCUCCAUGCUCCUGGGUCCCUUAUAAAUUUCUCCCUAUGUGCAUCCUACUAAUUGAGUACAAGAAGUAUGAGAGUAUGAUUGCACAGUCUUAUACAUUAAGGUAA